CCUUCGCAUCCUUGAAAGUAGCUGUUGUCCACCCCCAGUGCCUUCAGCUAAUCCUCACGUGCCUGUGUGCCUUGGUGGCUAGAGCCCUGAGUCCAAGCCAGGAAGACCUAGGUGACAGCAGUUUGGCCCUGGGCAGCUUUCCAUCUGUCUUGGCAGCCCUCUUCUGGCCACUCUCCAGCCUGUGAAGGCGUUGGAUGACACGUCACGGGAAGAACUGUACGGCAGGCGCCGUGUACACAUACCACGAGAAGAAAAAAGACACUGCGGCCUCGGGCUAUGGAACUCAGAAUGUGCGACUGAGUCGGGAUGCCGUCAAGGACUUUGACUGCUGCUGCCUCUCCCUGCAGCCCUGUCACGACCCUGUGGUCACUCCUGACGGCUUCCUAUAUGAGCGCGAAGCAAUCCUGGAGUACAUCCUGCACCAGAAGCGCGAGAUCGCCCGGCAGAUGAAGGCCUAUGAAAAGCAGCGAGGCGCCCAGCAGGAGGAACGGCGGGAGCUAAGCCGGGCCGCUGCCCAGGACCAGCUUCGGGGCUUCCUGGAGAAGGAAGCAGCUAUUGUCAGCCGGCCCCUCAACCCUUUCACUCCUCGAGAAGGUGCCAGCCCAGGGGAUCCCCAGCCAGGACCCAACUCAGCCCCCGAGGCCGGGGACAAGGAGAAGGCAAAGGAGUUACCCAGUUUCUGGAUCCCAUCGCUGACCCCUGAAGCCAAGGCCACCAAGCUGGAGAAGCCGCAGUCACGCAUCGUGAAGUGCCCGAUGUCAGGGAAACCCUUGCGCCUGUCGGACCUCAUCUCUGUGCGCUUCAUGCCUGUGGAUGGCUCCGUGGACAGGGUGGGGCUGAUCACUCGGAGCGAGCGCUACGUCUGCGCAGUAACGCGGGACAGCCUGAGCAACUCCACCCCCUGCGCUGUGCUUCGGCCUUCGGGGGCUGUGGUGACUGUGGAGUGUGUGGAGCGUUUGAUUCGCAAAGACAUGGUGGAUCCCAUCAGUGGGGAUCCACUCACAGACAAGGACAUCAUUCUGCUACAGAGGGGCGGCACUGGCUUUGCAGGUUCUGGAGUGCAGCUGGAGGCCAAGAAGUCUCGCCCUGUAAUGCAGGCCUGAAGGGGCCCGGUGGGGGCUGGGGGGUGGGGUGGCUCGUUCUCGAUGGAGCCAGUGGAUAAUAAAUGUGUUGGCUUCCGGUUCCCUGGCACCAGUGUGAGGGGUUGGGCACCCAGGCAUCCCACUGCCUGCCCAUCUCUGGGACCCCCCCUAGGAUAGGUCAGACACCAGGAACUUGAGGCCUUGGCUUUUAUUGCAGCCCCUCCCUCCCACCCAUCCUCUGGGGUCGGAACGUGGGCUCUGAGGUCCGGAGGGAGGAGAUGAGGAAAAUCAGUACUUCUGCCGGCUUGGGGCUCAGAUUUUCUGCACUCUUGCAUUUGGGGGCCCCAGUGCUGAUCCUAAUGCUGAAGGCCAGGCCUUCAGGGGCUCUGGCUUGUGACUGCGAAAGGCUCGGUGAAGCUGGGCCCCCAUGUAUGCCCAGAAAAGGUCCAGAGAGGAAAUGUAUCCAGGGGAUCCACAGAAGAUGCUCAAGAGCCUUCAGUUAUGACUCCUAGGCCCUAGGGCUGUGUGAAGGUGGGGCCCAACGUUCUCUACCAGGAAUCCUGGGGCUCCCUGGCUUGAGUUCAGGCGAGCCCCAAGCAGGGUUGUGGCUAGAAGGGCCCUGGGCCAUAGCCCAUGGGGUUUGUUUGCCCUCUCUAUCUUCACUCCCUGUUUCAUAAAUGAGGUUUUGCUGACUAUA